AAUAAAAUACAGAAAGAAGGGUUUUAGCGUUAGCGCAAGAGUUUAAUCAUCUUCUUCUUCCUAUGUUUCUGUAACUGAAACGAAAAAAAAAUGUUGCGAACAUUCGACACUACUCAUCAUCUCACUCUAAGAACAACCUUACUCAUUCGUUCCUUCUUUUCUUCUUCAUCUUCUUCUUCUUCUUCUUCUUCUUUCUCUUUCACUUUCAAAACAAUCACAACUCUUUCACAAUCACAAUCUCAUUCUUUCCCUCCACUUUCAUCAACACUAACAAAACUCACUCAACAACAACACGCUUCUUUCUCCACGCGUAAUUUUCGUUCCAAUUUCGGUUCUUCUGUUAUACGCUGCGUUUCAUCAUUUCCUACACUCGACUGGAACGACGUCGUUUCUUGCUCUGAGGUUGAUGCUGAUGCUACUCAUGAUGAUGGAACGCUUGACCAAGAUUCUAAACCUGCGAUUCCUGUUAGAGCUUUCUUCUUCUCUACUAGUGUUGAUUUAAAAAGCUUGGUGGAGCAGAACAAACCAAACUUUGUCACACCAUCAUCAAGGAUGACUAAUUAUGUUGUUCUCAAGUUUGGAAAUCUUGGCGAUUCCAAGGGUCCUGGUUCUUCUUUCUUGAAUGGAACAAAUGGCUGUUACAUGGUAGUUUUUCAGUAUGGCUCCAUUGUAUUGUUUAACGUCUGCGAACAUGAGGUUGAUGGCUAUUUGAAAAUUGUUAGGAAGCAUGCAUCUGGUCUGCUUCCUGAAAUGAGAAAGGAUGAGUAUGAAGUUAGAGAAAAACCAGCUUUAAGCACAUGGAUGCUAGGAGGACUAGAUUACAUAAUGUUACAAUACUUGGACGUUGAUGGAAUUCGAACUAUUGGCAGUGUACUAGGUCAAAGUAUUGCUCUUGAUUACUAUGGCCGGCAGGUUGACGGAAUGGUUGCGGAAUUUACAGACAUAAAUCGUGAGAUGGAAGCGACUGGAAAAUUUAAGAUGCAAAGGAAAAAACUUUUCCAGUUGGUUGGCAAGGCAAAUUCAAAUCUUGCUGAUGUGAUUCUAAAGCUUGGAUUAUUUGAGAGAUCAGAUAUCGCAUGGAAAGAUGCCAAAUAUGGUCAGAUAUGGGAGUAUCUCAGAGAUGAAUUUGAAUUAACUCAGAGAUUUGCAAGUCUUGAUUUCAAGUUGAAAUUUGUUGAGCACAAUAUCCGAUUUCUACAAGAAAUUCUUCAAAACAGGAAAUCUGAUUUCCUAGAGUGGCUCAUUAUUGCAUUAAUUGGUGCAGAAAUUCUACUGUCUCUAUACGACAUUGUUCAACGGUCUGCAAUGAAUCUUCAUUAGUAUUGUUUCUAUUGGAAUAUUGUUAUUUUGCAAUGAAAAAACACACGGCAUGUCAAUCAACAAAUCAGCACAGGAUAAGAGAUCAAUGAGCAACUGUAAUAAAUAUUGAGCCAAGUGAUCAAACGCUUAUGGUUAUAUUGCUGCAGCUUUGGUGCACAAAAUUUCAUCAUAUUUAUUUUCCCUUUUUGAUGGCAUGUAAGUCCAGCUUGUAUUUUUAAUGGGUGUAGCAUAACAUGCUACUCAUCAAGAUGUUGGUGGCGCAUGCCAAUACAUUCUAAUAACUCUUGUAAAUAGCAAUUUGAGACCAUUUUUACUAGGUUAUUUACUAGUUAGUUUGUAUAACUUAUUAUAUUUGCAACAUAAAACUACACUGUAUGUUUUAUCGAACAUAAA